AGGGUGGGAUUUCCAGCGGGACCACCUGCGAAUCCCUGCGGCCAAGAGGCGCUAAACAUGCAGCUUUGAUGUGGGGUUCCAGACCUCAAUUCCAUCCACUGGCCCCAGCACGGUGCGACAGACAGCUCUCGAUCACGCCCGUGAACCGCGAAACGCUGGACCUCGAUCAACAUUGGAUACUGGACAAGCAGCCGCGGUAAGUGGCAAACCUGCUACGAUGGCUACCGAAGAUGCCCGUUACCGGCAAACAUCGCAGUUUCAGCUGUGGUCUUUCUCACCGACCCAGUUGUCUUCGAUGCGCGAGAAGACCAACGCCGCCGCUCGAACUAGAAUCGCCGAACGCCUCUCUUCCCUUCCUGCCCUCGCCAACAACACGUCCGCGCCGACGUCGAGCGCCAACACUCCCGACCCCGAUGGCACGUCUACCCCCGCGCUCCCCGCGUUUCUCUCCGCACCGGAGGAGGCCCAGCUCGUCACCUUCUUCACGUCGGAGCUGCUGAGAGCAGGAGACCACGCCGAGAUGACGGACGAGAUCAAAGCGACCGCUGCGGCGUUUUUCAGGAGGUUCUACGUUACAAACAGCAUCAUGACAUAUCCGCCGCAAGAGAUGUUGAUUGUCGCCCUGUUCUUUGGGUGCAAGGCUGAGGGCUCCUUCGUGAGCAUUACCGAUUUUGUCAAGACAUUCGGCAGGGAGAACCCGGAAGAGAUUCUCGCUGGCGAAUUCUUGCUCUGCCAGGGGCUUCGGUUUGCCAUCGACGUGAAGCACCCCUUCCGCGCCCUUCGCGGUGCCCUGAUGGAGCUCGCCUCUCACCCAAACGUUGACCGAGCCCGCCUCGGCGCCGCGGAAACCCGCGCCCGCGAAAUCCUCCGCUUCAGCCCCCUGAUAACCGACGCCUACUUCCACUACACGCCGAGCCAGAUCAUGAUGGCGGCCCUCUCCCUCGCCGACCGCGGGCUCGCCGAGCAGCUAAUAACCCAAACCUUCCAUCACGUGGCCGCGCCCACCGACUCCGGCGCCGACACACCGGCCGCGUCCGGCACCGACGGCCCCGCGAAGGAACCCGCACCCCGCAGCGACGACAAGGCGCAAAUAAUCGGGUCCGUCGCCCGGGACAAGGUCCUCGGCACGAUCGAGGCAUGCCGGGACAUGCUGGGACGAGAGUUGCCCGAGCGGCGGGAGCACUGGACAAAUCGCGCCGUAAUAAAAGCCCAAAUCACCCCCCUCCGCAAGAAACUCAACAAGUGCCGCGACCCCGAGCGCUGGAAUCUCGUCGAGCUGCAGCGCGCGCGGCGCGAGCAGGCGGCCAAGAAAUCCGACUCGGAGGACGGCGACCCGGACGACCGCGACGACAGCAAGGCCAACAACAAGAACAGCAAUAACAACAACGCAAGCGACGCGGCCGUGUUCGGGGACGCGCUGCCGCGGGAUCCCAAGCGCAGGCGCGUGCUGGGUGAGGGGGCGGGGCAGAAGGGAAAGGGGUUGGAUGAUCCGUUUGGGGGGCCGUUGUGAUUCGCGGGGUUGGUUGGUUGGUUGGUUUCUGCGGUUCGGGGUUUAAAAGGGGUGUGUGUUUUCGGUCAUGGCAUGGCGUGGCAUGGUAUGGUAUGGCGUUUGGAGGGUCAGUGUUUGAGAA